AUGAUCUUCAAACCUGCCAAUAAGUAUCAUAAUCUAAGAAAUUCUGAGCUCAAUAACGCUGACAACUCAUAUCAUACUAAUAUUUACUACAUAAGGUAUGCAGAAGAAAAGGUUGAAAUCGGGGAUUGCAUAAAUUUCAGGACAGAACUAGAAAAUCUUAAUAUGAUAAGAAAGCAUUAAGAGGAAUAUUAAUUUUACUUGAGAUUGGAACUGAUGUUUCACGAGGCCUCAGAUGAGGACAUUAAAAACCCUAGGCAUAUAAAACUAGAUACAUCAUCUGAAGGGAUGAAAAGGUUUGCUUGUAUUUCGACCAGAAUAUUUAAGAUUAAUAAUGUUAUCAAUGGACUCAAUGAAUACUUUCCAAUUCAAUUCGAUUCUUUGCAUUUCUCAACGAUAACAAUUACAUUUCAUUCAGCACUAAUCGAUUACAAGUUCAGAAGAUAAAUCCUAAAUGAUUUUAAAGAUGGUGAGAUGUCUUACAAGACUUUAGAAACAGGAAUUAAGGUUGUAAGAUUGAAGUCCCAUUAAAAAAAGGCUAGACAGCUAAAGAAAAAGAAGAAGUAUUUGAAUCUUACUGAAUUCCUAUUCGCCGAUGACAAAGACGAUGAUGAUCAAGUGGGAUAUAUUCCCAUAGAGAUAGAAUCAAUGGAAGUAGAAAAAAUUCAUUAGAUUUAUAUACAAAACUUAAUCAAUCAACAUGAAUAUCUAAAAAAGCAAUACAAGAAAUACAUAAAGUAAUUACCUUAUGAAAUUAUCACGACUUUGAAAGAAGACAAAGAUAGUAAGUUCUAAAUAGAUCCUCCUAAGCUUAUUAUAACUCAUGAGGCUUAACUUACGAACAGAGAGUCUCUAUCUCCGCAUAAAAAUUAGCUUAACUGCUCCAAUUUGUUUCAGAAAUUAAACACAACACUUGUCAAUAAGACUAAGUAAAAAAUAGAAAUAAGUCAUACUAGCACAAAGUCUUUUUAACAAUCCUGCAAUGCUACUCCCAUUAACUAGAAAAUGUAACAACCUCAUUAAAGGAUGCAGAAUUUGUAGCCAACCAAGGUGUUUCUGUAUAAUCCAUAAAACUAGUAUCCAAGCAAUAAGCUGUCUAGUUAAUCUGGGCUUAAGGUUAAUAAUUUGGAGAAUCUAUGCACCAAGUAAAAACUUGAUAGAAUCACUGAUGAAAAUGAUGAGAAGUUCAGAUCAAUUUAUCAGUCUUAAUUUAGAGAGUCAAAUAUUAUAAGACGCAAAGAAGAAAGCAGGGAAAGAGAUGUGUUGUUUGAAAUUGUACAUGAUGUUCAACCAGUUGAGAGUUAAGAGAGUCUCGAAAUUUCAAAUAUAUUGGAGGAAAGACCAAUGGCUAACUAGUAUAAUAUAAAAGCAUCAUUUAUUGGAAAAUCAUCUCCAGGUUGUUCAUUUAUUUAGUCUCCUUCUGCUAAAAUAUUAAGUAAUAACUUCUUCGAUGAUGAACCACUAUGUGAAGCAUUUGAUGCCCUGCCAGAACCACUCACGAAGACUGUUAGUAAUAAGGAUCUACAUUCAAAUUUUGAUUAAAUGACAAAAGACACCCGUACCCCAAAUAACCUACCCCCAGUCUCAAGAUUAAUGUCAACAAAGAAGUAUAUUCCAAAUAAAGAGAAUAGACUAAGCUACAAGCAGAAAUUCAGUUUCGUUUAAAAUUAUAGCAAUAAAAUGCUAACUACGAAUUAAAAUAUGUAGAAUUAGAAGGCAACAACAGCAAAGCCACCUGUUCCAGAUAAGAUUUAAUAUCUAGGUAUAAAAUCUAUUACUCCCAAUGCUAAAUCUUCUUAAACUUAGUAGUAUAGAUCUCAUUCUCAAAACAUUCCAUUUUCUCCUCCUAAAGCCAAAGGAGAUGAUCAGCAAUUGUAUAAUGCCAAUGAAAUCAGUAACUAAUCCAUAAAUUUCUCUGAAAAGAAAAAGAAUCAAGGGCUAAGCAUACCAGCAAUACAGGUUCAUUAAAGAAGCUAGCAUACGAUCAACUCAAACUAAAGCUAUUUCCAAAUAUUUCUUCAAUCCAUCAACGGUUACUAUGAGCCACAUAGAAUAACUAAGAUAAUAGAUAGCGAAGUCAGAUAGAUUUCAGUCUAAAUAUUCUAAAUUUGGCAUAAGCUUAUCAAUAUAUAUUGUUGUGAUCCAAAGUCUGUUAAUUUUAAGCUGAGAGCUAACUAUCUCAAUUAAGUCUUUGAUAAAGUAAGCCAAAUUAUUAUCAAGAAUGAUUAAACAAUUGAUAAUCUAUUGGCAAGCCAAUCCUCAACAGAUAGUAACAGAACUAUUAAGAAAUCUAAUAAUUCAAUAAAUGAGAUUAAGCAAUUACAGGUCUCAUAAGGAGCUUUAAAAUUUAUAUAAUCGCAAGGCUUGAGUACUCAGAGAUCUUAGAUUAUAAAGUAAACUCAUCCAAAAUAAACCUAAAAUAACGGUGCCUAAAAUGUAAUGUCAUUUAAGCACAAAACCAGCCAUCAAACAGUUAGCUGUGUACUAUAGAAAUAGAAUUUUAAAAGUUAGAUUAAUAGUAAUAGUGUGAGCACUUUCAAAAGAAAUUAUAGCUCUAAUCUUACGAUUGAGGAUAAUUUUGACUUGCCAAACAGUCCUUCUAAAAUAUCAAGAAAUUAGAAUGUUAUCGAUGAUGUGAGAAAGAAGUAGACCUACAAGUUUAAGAAGGAGAAAAAUAGUGUUGUGAUAUUUGAAGAUUGCUAAAAAUAGUUUAGGCAUGAGUAUGAACCUCUAAUUGUGGAGGAAAAAUACAGCAAGAAAGGAGAAUUUUAUGAUAAAUCUUUGUCAAGACCAUCAAGUCAGAUAAGUGGGUGUAGUGAUAAGCUGUAGAAAACAAUGAUCACAGAUCUUUUCAAAAAUCUAGUGGUUAAAGACGAUAAAUCACAAAUUUAAGUUCGAUAAGCUAGAGGUUAACAUCUAUUUGUAUUUGUUCAUGGAUUUCAAGCCAGUUCCUAUGAUAUGAGAACUAUAAAAAAUUAUGUAUCUGUACUUCUCCCAAAAGCAUUUUGUCUCUGCUCAAGUUCAAAUGAAAAUAUGACUGAGGGAUCUAUAGAGACAAUGGGCUAAAAUCUAGCAGCAGAGGUCAAGAAAUUUAUUAAGGAAUGGUGCUAUUCAAGAGAUGGAAAGACUCUAUAUCUAUAAAAGCUAUCUUUCAUAGGGCAUUCCUUGGGUGGCCUAAUCAUAAGAAGUUCAUUACCUCUCUUAGAAGAAUUCAAAGAAUAUAUGCAUGGCUUCAUGAGCUUAGGAUCGCCACAUCUAGGUUAUAUGUAUAAUACAAAUUCACUGAUAGACGCUGGAAUGUGGGUUCUUAAGAGACUAAAGAAAUCUUAAUGUCUCUAGUAAUUAUCAAUGACUGACCAAAACUUGAAGAACAACACUUUCUUGUAUAAGUUGUCAAAAUUCACAGGAAUAGGUUGGUUUAAGUAAGUAGUCUUCUGCAGCUCUUAUCAAGAUAACUAUGCACCUCACGACUCGGCAAGAGUCUAAAUUUGUUCCAGAGCUGCCAGGACUGAUAAAGAAAAAGGUAAUAUGUAUAUCAAAAUGGCUUAGAACAUUCUUGACCAGCUGAGGUGUGACUAGCUUUACAGACUAGACAUUAAUUUCAAGAUUGACGAGAAAAACCUGGAUUCAAUGAUAGGCAGAACAGCACAUAUUCUGCUUAUGGAAUGCGAGCCAUUUAUUGAAGCUUUAGUAAAUAGAUACAAAGACUUUUUCUGCGAAUGA